UAAGCUGAUAGACGGAGGUGUUUGGGGGCGGGGCGUGGAAGACGAGCUAGGCAGCCAGCCUGGAAGCCGCUCUCCGACAGCGCCUCUGACGGUUGGGGGUGGCCCUUGGAGGGGCGGGGGAGAGCGAGCGUCUUCCAUCCUCGUGUCAGGCAGCCUCAGCUGGCGGAGAGGGCAGGUGGCUUUCUAGAAGAUGACCAUAGAGGAUCUGCCUGACCCUUCUGUAGAAGGAGAUUCACUGACUAGAAUAUACCAAUAUUUUAUCCCUGGCUCUGAAGAUCCUGUUACCUAUUCAGUUUCUGCUGCACCAAUGCCUUCUGAAUGUGAGUUCUCCUUUUUUGAUCCAAAUGAUGCAGCAUGCCAGGAAAUUCUUUUCAACCCAAAAACAUCUGUCUCGGAACUAUUUGCAAUUUUAAGACAGUGGGUCCCCCAAGUCCAGCAGAACAUUGAUAUAAUUGGGAAUGAGAUCCUUAAGAGGGGCUGCAAUGUGAAUGACAGAGAUGGCUUAACUGACAUGACGCUCUUACAUUACACAUGCAAAUCAGGGGCCCAUGGUAUUGGGGAUGUAGAAACUGCUACCAAAUUUGCCUCCCAACUAAUUGAUUUGGGCGCAGAUAUCAAUUUGAGGAGUCGCUGGACAAAUAUGAAUGCUUUGCACUAUGCCGCAUACUUUGAUGUUCCAGAGCUCAUUAGUGUCAUUUUGAAAAACGCUAAGCCAAAAGAUGUGGAUGCCACUUGCAGUGAUUUUGAUUUUGGAACAGCCUUGCACAUUGCUGCCUUCAAUUUAUGCACAGGAACUGUGAAGCGUUUAUUGGAACAUGGAGCCAAUCCUGCCUUUCGGAAUGACAAAGGGCAGACACCAGCAGAUGUGGUUCCUGACCCAGUAGACAUGCCUUUGGAGAUGGCAGAUGCUGCAGCAAGUGCUAAAGAGAUCAAGCAGAUGCUUUUAGAUGCAGUGCCUCUAUCCUGUGACAUUUCCAAGGCUAUGCUUCCAAAUUAUGAUAAUAUCACUGGGAUAGACAUUCUGGAAUCCCUUGGUCUAAAGCUAGGAGAUCGAGUUGUUAUUGCAGGACAGAAGGUCGGGACAUUACGAUUUUGUGGCACAACAGAAUUUGCUAGUGGACAGUGGGCUGGUGUAGAAUUGGAUGAACCUGAAGGAAAAAACAAUGGAAGUGUUGGGAAAGUGCAGUACUUCAAGUGUGCACCCAAACAUGGCAUAUUUGCACCUCUUUCUAAAAUAAGUAAAGCUUCAGGGCAGAAAAAGAACGUAAGAAUUUCUUCUUCACGGCCUCUGCCUGCACGUAAAUCCAAGAAAAUCGAUGUAACACGUGUGACUUCCAAAGUGAACUCUGGCUUAUCUUCACUGAGAAAAGAGGGUACUUCUGAUUCUGCAUUUUUGGGCAGUGAAGGAGGAACGAAAACUCCACCAGUUAAAGAAGCAACGUCCCUUGGCUCCAGCAGCAACUCAUCUUCCACUACUUCAUUAGACAGCAAGCGGAAUGGUCCCAAGAAGAGGACCUCAACAGGCAGUAAUAAGAAGGAGGGCUCAAGACCCCCUUCUGUUGCAUCCAAACCUCUCACUGGAGGAAAUAACACUUUUCCAUCUGCAAGGAGGAAUCUUUUUGAUGAAGGAGAAAUUCAAAUUGGAGAUAGAGUGCUGGUGGUAGGACAGAGAACCGGAACAGUUAGAUUCUAUGGGACAACCAAGUUUGCACCAGGAUUUUGGUGUGGAAUAGAGCUGGACAAACCUCAUGGCAAGAACGAUGGCUCAGUUGCAGGUGUGCAGUACUUCAGCUGCUCUCCAAGAUAUGGUGUCUUUGCGCCACCAUCCAGAGUGCAGAGGCUAACAGGAUCAUCUGACUCUCUCCCAGAUGUUUCAUCGAGUAAAAUGAAUCAUUCUUUACCUGGUUUCCGACGGAGCUUUAGUACCACCUCUGCACCAUCCCAAAAGGAAAUAAACAGGAAAAAUGCUGUUAUCAAAUCCAAAAAUUCUUCACUGUGGCGCAGUUGGAGUAACAGUACGACAGCAAGCACUGAAGGCCCAGUGAAGCUUCACGAAGGGUCCCAGGUCCUCUUGACCAGCUCCAGUGAGAUGGGUACCAUUCGCUACAUUGGGCCCACAGACUUUGCUCCUGGGAUCUGGCUUGGCCUGGAACUACGGAGUGCGAAGGGCAAGAAUGAUGGCUCUGUGGGUGACAAGCGCUACUUCACUUGCAAGCCAAACUACGGAGUCCUUGUGAGGCCAAACAGAGUGACUUACCGUGGGAUUAAUGGGAUAAAGCUGGUGGAUGACAUCUGUUGAAGAAAAGCACUCUAGUCCUGAGCUGAGGGUAUCAGCAAUAAAGCACAUAUGGGAAUCCAGCCAUCCACCUGCAUGGCAUCCUGUCUUAUCUAAAGUCCUGUAGCUACACUUCUUUAACAUGUACACAGCUCUAACCAGACUAUGGAAGGGCAUUAUGACUCUGAGGAAUGGAAUAAUAUUAGUUUCAGCAACUUUCCCUGAUCAUUUCUUGUGUAAAAUAUGUGAGCUGCCAUAUUAUUUGAAUCCUAGACAAUUUUUAUAUCUAGCGCUGUUUUGAUAUGCUCUGCCACUUCACAAAUAUGCUUUACAUCCCAAGUUCUAAUGAAGCUAUAAUGCCACGUGAGAUUGCAGAGCUUGUUAAACAAAGCACUAAGAUUUGUCACCUUGCUAAACUGUCUUCAGUGAGGGGAAGAAAAGAAAUAGCAAUAAAAAGGGAGACAGCUGACAGUAUUUAUGGAAAGAAGGGGGCAGAGACGUGAAACUGAUAGCUCAUUAUUCAGGCAGAUCCACCAAAGCAAAAAGUAAGCAGCUGAAACUUGUCUGAAGAAUGUGCCCCUUCAGUGAGCAGUGUAAAUAAAGAAAUGGUGUGGGUGGGCGAGGGAAUCUAAAAGAGCACAAAUGUUUUCAGGUUUAUAGUAAAAGCACUUUAAAAACAGUAUAUGUAUAUAUAUGUGCAUCUAUGUCUGUGUGUGCCCUUUUUAAAAAGCACAAAACCAGUAGCAUGCCAGAAGCACCUUCAGCAAAAUAUUCUUGGAACAAAGACUAUGCACUUUGACUUUUCCUCUCUGGAUAGUUCUUCCUUGAUAUUUUGGAGAAAUGGUUUUGUUACUGAGGCUAUAGCUGGCAGCCAUGAAUAUCUUACACAUGCCGGCAGUGUCCAGCCAGCAGCCAGAUUGGCUCCUGAGUUAUUUUUUUUUUUAGGUCAGGGAGAGGUUACAGGGUGACAUCACUUGUGCAUGGAUGGGUGCCCUUUUAUCUACCUUUUGGAGGAAAUACGCAUUUUUCUGCCAUGGAAAUAUGCUAAGGAAAUGUGUUUCCCUUUGGGUUUGUAACAGCCAUUGCCAGCUUUUUGCCUUGGGUCAGACUGUCAUGUUUGGCUGUCUUUUGGAAGGAUAUAUCGGUGAAAACUUACAGAUGAAUCUGUUUUUGCUGCACCUGCACGUUUUCCCUUCUUCUGGGACACACAUCAAGCUAACUGUAACCUUUAGCUUGUUUCAAGCCAGCUACAGACAUAAUAAACAUAGUAGUAGUAGUAGUAGUAGUAGUAGUAGUAGUAGUAGUUAGUAGUAGUAGUUCUUACAUGGUGCCAAAUCAGUUCUGACAUAUGGCAAAGUUUCAGGUUUUCCUAGGAGUUGAGUACUCAGAAGUGGUUUCCUGUUCCCUUCUCUGGGGCCAUGGGGGACUAUGCACGUUCCUCAAGGCUACACAGCCUGGUUCUUCUCCUGGGACUCACAGUGGGAAUCAAACUCUGAACCUCUGUCUUCACAGCCAGAUACCUACCUAACUCACUCAACUAUUCAGCCAGCAGAGCAGCUACAGCCUAAGAUGUGAAUGAAGCCAUUGGACAAUUUUCUGUUUGCCAACUUAAAUUAAGGUAGAUCUAUAUUUUGAUGCUUGAGUCCCAAAUACAGUUUGGUAUUUGUCAUUCUGUAUAGUAUACAGUAAGAAUUCUCUCACUGUAGGCACAUAUUUUGGAAAAGUCAUUUAAAGGGCUGCAUGGUGAAAUCCUUGUUGCUUUUAUAUAAUUGCUGUAACGUUGCCAGUAGCAGAUUUAAUUAUGUGUUACUGUAACAUGCUUCUUUUAAUCAGUGGUUCUCAAUUUUCAUAUUAUUUCCUCAUGUCAAAAAACUUGAAACUUUUCAUGACAGAAUAAACUCCCUCUCACUUUUUCCUGA